CGCACCCUCCCCAACCCCUCGCGCACCCUCCCGACCCCUCGCGCUCCCUCCCUCCCUCCCUCCCGACCCUCACGCUCCCUCCCCCUCCCUCACGCUCCCCCCCCCCCCCCUCCCUCU